UUGAUAGGGCUGCCGGAAUAAGGCUGAUAGCGCCUCCAGUCACCGGUUGCGUGCUACGACCAGGAAAUGGCGCGCGGAUAAGCGGAAUCGUAACACUUCAAAGCUUUUUUUCCCUCCCCCUCCCACGGACAUUUCCACGGAAGGGGUCACUCAAUUCCCUUUUCCCCUACUAGUAGUAAUCUUGCGAUAUAUCCCAAUUUAGGGUUUAGGGUAGGCAGCUGGCCAACCUUCCAGCUUUGACCUUCCGAUCAACCUUGACCCAAAUAUAGCAUCCUCAUAAUAUUCCCACUGCACUGCAUAUCUGCAACCAAACCGGAUCCUUGUACAUAUAUAGUACCCAUCCAUCCUGCGUACUAUUUCUCACGCCCAAAUCCCCACCAAAGUGAUGUCAGAGCCCUCCCAUGCAAAAUCACCGGGCCUCCCGGUCGUGGAAUCCUCCAGCAACGAAAAAUCGCGACCAUUCAAUAAAGAAAGAAGAUUGCGACAAACCGUCGAUAGCAACUAUGCCGAUAUCAUCUGUAUCAUCCUUUGCUUCGUCACCGGCCUUUGCGAUAGUUCUGCCUUCAACGCAUGGUCAUGUUUCCUCGCAAUGCAAACCGGAAACACCGUAGUCCUCGGCCUCGGCGCCGCCAACCUCCCCAAAGAUGACCACUGGAGCUGGCUGAAAUCCCUCGUCUCAAUCGCCAGCUUCGUGACCGGUUCCUUCGUCUUCAGUCGCGUCGGUAACCUCCUCGGUCCCACGCGUCGCGGCACCCUCUUCACCUCCUUCAUGGUCCAAGUGAUUCUCAUCGUCAUUGCCGUCUCGCUCCUCCAAGCCGGCUUGAUUUCCAAAUCAGACGUUUCCGAUCACCAGCAUCACCCCCUGCUGGACCUCAUCCCUAUCGGACUCCUUGCGUUCCAGUCCUCGGGUUCCAUCAAUUCCACCCGGUCCUUGGGAUUUAAUGAGAUCCCGAGUGUCGUGAUCACGAGUGUGUAUUUUGAUAUCGCCUCGGAUAAGAAUAUUCUGGCCGUGCAGAAUGUGAAACGCAAUAGGAGAGUGGCGGGGGUGGUGGCGUUGUUGAUUGGGGCGAUUGUCGGGGGUUGGUUGAAUCGGAGUGCUGGGGGGAUUGCGUCGACGUUUUGGUUGGCGGCGGGGAUUAAGUUCCUUAUUGGGGUGGGGUGGUUGGUUUGGUUGCCGAAGAAGGUGUAGGUUUGGUUUGUUCAAUGGAUUGGGUUGAGAAGGUGUUUGGGGGGUGGGGGUGUGUGAGUGAGGGGGAUAAGGUGGGUGGUGGUGUCUCUCCAUUCUGGAUGGGAGUUGUGGUUGUAUAAUUCGAUGGUAUAGACUUCUGUUUUAUAGACGGUAUAGACUGGUUUUCGG